UCCGCUCGGCUGACCCGCUGAGACGAAACAAAUUUCAUGAGUGGUGACGCGAAACCGCUUAGAGGUACAAUUUAUUUCGUUGUCUGCAGAGACCUGCUUCGACACGAGACUCUGCAGCCACGCUGAUGGAUCCAGCGAAUCGUGUUAGACGUUACGUCUGUUAUUGCCGAUGAGCAAAUUAGGCGGGACUACGGAGACGGUCGUAGAAAAUCUAUCCGGACAGCUCACGAGAAGGGAAGAGUCAGAGGUCCUGCUCUGUACGUUGUUAAACCCACUCCGAUGACAGAUGGGUGUUUUCUGACGCAAGUCAAAGGGGACGGAUUUAUUGUUCAUUCUGCAGAGGGUUCAACUGAAGGCUCAUUUCAUAAAACGCUCUAUUCUAGCUUCUCGUGAAACUGUGACUGCUCCAUCAUCAGAAGGACGCAGUAAUCUACCCUCGACAGACGACCCAGCACCUCGAAACGAUGACAGCAGUGAAUUCUAAUUCAUGCGUGGAUUCAUCGAGCGCAGAUAGAGAAGCCAGUGGCCGCACCGUGUGCGUUACUGGGGCAAAUGGAUUCAUAGCAUCGUGGCUUGUGGCACAAUUACUCGAUCAAGGAUACACCGUGCGGGGCACGGUCCGUAGUCCUGAAAAUGAGGAUAAAAAUGGGCACUUGUGGAAACUGAAAGGAGCAGAUCAAAGACUCAAGCUUUACAAAGCCGACAUCUUGGACUACGAAGCACUUGCUGGAGUAGUGGCCGGAUGCGAAGGCGUUUUUCACGUUGCCUCUCCAACUGUACCGGAUUCAGACGAUCACCAGAAAGAGAUGGUCGACUGCGCAGUUGCAGGAGUCGUUAAUUGCCUGGAAGCAUGCGCAGCCGCAGGGGUUAAGCGUGUCAUUCUGAUGUCAAGCAUUCUCGCUUGUAUGUACAACAGAGGCCAGGACGCGAGCAAAGUACCAGAUGAAAAUGAUUGGGCUGAUGCAGAAUUUUUUAAGGAAAGGGGGUCCGAUCCAAAAACUUUCAACGAAGUCGGGGCCUGGUAUACGGUUGGGAAAAUAAUGGCGGAGCGAAAAGCUUGGGAGAUUGCAGAAAGGACGGGACUUGAUGUGAUUUCGAUCCUCCCAGCCAUGUGCUAUGGACCCAAUCUGCAGAAAGAAGUGAGCCCCAGCAACAUAACUAUGCUCCCACUUUUCCAUGGCUCGUAUAUACCCUUAAUGUUCUGUUAUGGUGGACCGGUUGACGUCAGGGACGUUGCCGCCGCCAUGAUUUUAUUAUACGAAACUCCAUCAGCCUCGGGGCGCUAUAUCUGCGCAGAAAGCUAUGCGCCUCUUAGCGAUGUCAUGAACCUCGUCGCCCAGCUUUAUCCUCGACAUAAUAUUCCUCAGAUUGAAAACACUCAGCCUUGGCUAGCACGCUGCAAAUCACCAUCCAAAAGGCUUGAAGCGCUGGGAUUCAAGUUCAGGCCUUCCUCAGAAGGUAUCAUCGCCGCAUUGCAAGAAUUCGAAGAAAGAGGACUCAUACCGAAGCUGGACUCGUAGUUCUUUCCGCAAUUGGGAGUAUGCAGAGGGACAGACGGUAAACUUGACAUCUGGACUGGAGAAUCUGUGUAGUUGUUCAGACUUGAACAUAGUACAGGAGCAUAACUCACUCUGUGCUGUUACAUUUAUGCUCAAUAUACGCUCUUAGCGUUAGUGAAGAUUGUAGUACCUGAAACAGUUAUCAUUUCUCUGGCGUGAAAGCCCUUGGGGGCAAAAUUGGAAACGAAUCCGCUGAAGUUCAAAAUUGGGACUGGAAGAUUGGUGUCAGACAAUCAAUUGGUCGACCAAAUUGAUAGCUGACAAAUUUUGUCCAUCUCUGCGACCCGCUGCUACAGUCCAGGUUGGCCCUCCACCCUUUGAACAUUGACAGCAGGCAAGUGGGAAUAUACAGAACGCUUUUAAGAUGGUGAUCAGCGAAGGCAAAGUACGGUCACUAAUGGAUGAGGUACUUUUUCUCUGUUGUAAAUAGUUUAACUUCGUGGUUUAAGUGGGAACUUACUUUGACGGUGGCGUCACGAGCUGCCAUGAUGAGUAUAUCUGCAUGGGCUGUUAUACAACACCUGGGCAGGCAUAUUCUAGAACUGCCUUGAUUUCAUCGCCCUUGGCAACACUUCUGAGCCCAAAGCUGGCAUGAGCUUCACUCUCUGAUUGGUUGCUUCGAGUGGAGUUCAGAAGAACAGAACAAUCACAACCAGCAUAACAAUGGCAAAUGUAGGACCGGC